UGCACGUCCAAGACAGGUAGUUUGCCUUCCUUGCCUUUUUCAUAUAUAUACAUCAUAUAAGCUGUAACACUUCGUCCAUUGGCUGUUCAUUCGCCACUGCAUAGCCUUGACAAGUGUGUUUGGAACUAGUUAACAAUGGCUACGAUAGACCCCACGCUUCCAGUUGUGAAGAACCUUUUGCUGCUUGACUCGGAGGGGAAGCGCAUCGCCGUCAAGUAUUACUCGCCAGAGUGGUCGACCGUGGCAAGCCAGGCGAGCUUUGAGAAGGCGCUUUGGAACAAAACCAGCAGGACUAAUGCACGGGCAGAAGCGGAGAUUAUCAUGUUCGACAACGUCGUCGUCGUUUACAAGUGCAUUGGGGACCUGAUGUUCUAUGUGACGGGUAGCCAGGACGAGAACGAGCUCGUCCUCUAUACAGUACUCCAAGCCUUCUAUGAUUCGGUAUCAAUCCUCUUGAGACAACAAGUGGAGAAGAAGACCGUGCUCGAAAACCUGGAUCUAGUGCUCCUGGCUGUUGACGAAAUCGUCGACGGCGGCAUCAUCCUGGAGACGGAGGCCCAGGUGGUGGCCUCGCGGGUGACCAUGCGGGGUGCGGACGGGGAGCAGGCGGCGGUGCCCCUCACGGAGCAGUCCUUCAGCAAGGCGUUCGCGUCAGCCAAGGAGCACCUGGCGCGGUCGCUGCUCAAGUAGAACCACAGCGCGCAGCGGAGGAGCCGCGGGGGGUGUUCGCACAGCCAGCCUUUUGCUCGUCGCCUUGGCAUAGCAUAGCUUGGCGGCUUCAGUGUUGGACGCGCAGCGCUUAUGGGUGAGGAUGCGGUAGCCGUAACCGUGUCACGCGGGAACCCUCCCCAGGUUUUAACUUAGUCAGGGUGAGAGGCGCAUGUGCCGCGUGUUUCGAGCACAUGCCAUGUGCUCGGCGAGUACGGCGGACAUAUGAUACAGCGGGCGGUUGUCCUGCUAGUACAAUAAGGAAGGGGGCAUGAGGAAGGGGUUUAGCAUGCUGGGCUGUGCUAUAAGCGAACGUCAACUUCUUUGGAAAUGUUUUAGAGCGUUUAUGGUUGAGCUUUCACCCAAGGGUGGUGUCUGCUGGUGUAUAGUUGCUGGAACAUGGUUUUGGCUUGAUGGAAAUGCACAGGUGCGGCGCAAGGCAUGUAGCCUGUCAAAAGUCGCCUUGAGAUAGUAUGAAUUCUCAUAGCCUGUCGGUGAUGUUCACGCGCUACAUGUGCUAUGAUGGCGGCUAUGGUGCAGUAAGCAUGAAGGUACUAUAACAUGGGGUUUCUCUCUGGCAGCGCCCGCUUGCAUUGAUGCCCCUAGGGGACGGGGUAUUGGGACUGGCGCCUCAUGUAAGCGGUUGUUACUAAAACGCAUAUGCGCUUAUGAUGAUCUAUCCUUUCGUACAUUGUGCGCAUGUUGUCUCCCAAGGGGCGAUUGGGCAGGGCAUGUCAGAUAUGC